UCGCACGUUGUUCCACAGUGCACUGGUAGAAAUAAAUCCUUAACUCGUUGGAACCGUGCAGAAAAUGAGCUCCAAACGAGGGGACACACAUCGGUCCCGGGCACAGAAGCACCAGAACUCGUUCGCUUUCAAAAAUAACCUACACGACAAGCACACACCGCUCAUCAAGCUGAUAACCAACCUGAACGUGUGCGAGGUGUGUGAGCACUGCAAGAGCGUGAUCGAUUGGAAAAUCAAAUACCGGAAGUAUAAGCCGUUAACGCAGCCCAAGUCGUGUAAUAAGUGUGGCGAACGAAAGGUGAAACGUGCCUACCAUGAGAUCUGCCGCGAGUGUGCCCUCAGUAGCCGGUGUUGCGCCAAGUGUCUCAAGUCAGCCGAUGACGCGAGCAUCAUUCCUCCAGAACCGUCACCGGAGGAACAGGUCAAACUGAAGGCCGAAAUGGAUCAGUUGAUCAAAUCGCUUCCCGAGCGAAAACGGCGCACCUUUCUACGCUACAUGAACCGCGGGAAGAAGAAGCAAAGGAACGGCGCGGCUGACUCGGACUCGGAUACGGAUGCCGGAGGCGAUGGUAGAAGAAAGAAACCAGAUGCCGCUGUGCUGAGGACACGCGAAGAGCUGAUGGAAAAGUUCGAGCAGCUCAAGCUGGCCUCCGGCAAGCAGGAGGAAGACGAUUCCGAAGGUUUCAGUAGCGAAGACGAAGAUUACGAUGGCUUAUCGAGUGUAGAUGAUUUGUCAAGUGAAGUUGAAAAUGAAAAAUAAAUCAAGCUGUUUAUUUGUUACU